AUGUAUCAAGGAGGGACCCGACUUGGCGGUGGUGCCUUCAACCAUGGCCCUUCGUCCGACGCCGAGCGGGAAUACGACCGCUUGCGCGACCUCGCCCGGAAAGAGAAGGGUCAACAGCAACACUUCGCCGCCGAAUCCCAACAAGCCUACCAGCGCGGCGACGGCGGCGAAGCCCACCGCCUAAGCGAGCAGGGCAAGCAACACGCCGCCAAAGCCGACCAAUACAACAAACAGGCCUCGGAGUUCAUCUUCCGGGAGAACAACGCGGUCGGCAAGGUCCCCGGCGACACCAUCGACCUCCACGGGCAGUUCGUCGAAGAAGCCGAGGAGAUCCUCGAGCAGCGCAUCCGCUACGCCCAGCAGACCGGCCAGUCCCACCUCCACGUCAUCGUCGGCAAGGGAAACCACUCGCCCGGCCACAUCCAGAAGAUCAAGCCCCGCGUCGAGCAGGUCUGCCGGGAGCUGGGCCUGCAGUACAACACGGAGCAGAACGAAGGGCGCAUGUUCAUCAACCUGCAGGGCGGCCAGGCGCAGAUGCCCGCGUUCGAUUACCAGCAGCACCACGAGCCGCAGCAUCAGAACUACGGCCAGCCGCACUAUCAGACCGCGUAUCCGCUCGGCAAUGGUCCGCAGUACGGCGGUGGGCAACACGGUGGCUACCCCGGCCAGCCGCAGAACCAGCAGCAGAUGCAAUACGGGGGACAGCCCGGGCACCCGCAGCAGCAGAUGCAAAUGGGUGGGCAGCAGCAGCAACAACAGCAGGAGUCGAUACAGUGCUGCGGGAUCAAGAUCUGCACGGUCAUGUGA